AUGUUAAUGACAGUCCUGAGAAGAUCCUUCUUUUCGGACCCCCCCCCCUGCGCGAACGGGUGGCAGCACCCGAGCGUCGUUCGGGGAGAGGGCACCAGAUGGCACCAGAGGGCACGGCAGUUGUUGCUGCUCCCCGAGGAAGGAAGGCUCUCGCCAGCGGACGGGAAUGACAGUGACAGAAUGAAAUCAAUGGACCUUUUAGUCAGUCGGUGGAAGUACCGGAAUUUUGUCAUCUCUGUAGUCAUUGUAAUAACAGUGGCUUUUUCACUCAUUGGAACUUUGCAGCUCUUGAGUUUGGGAUUAUCUCCUAUAAUUCAUGAAGGACGCUUGAAUUUGGAGGCAUCAAAUCACUGGCAAGAAUUAGUAGUUGGAGGUGAAGGUACCCCAGAUGCUAGUAAGACCAGAUAUGACUGCCACUACUUCAAUUGUUUUAAUGUUUAUAGAUGUGGACGAGGAGGAUACCAACGUAUAUCUGUAUACGUAUAUCCAAUGAUGCGGUAUGUGGAUGAAGAGCACGUUGCCAUCAAACCCAUGUCAAAGGAGUUUUAUGAAAUUAUCGAUGCUAUCUUGAAUUCUGAGUACUACACUUCAGACCCUGAUGAAGCAUGUCUUUUCAUUCCGCCCAUUGAUACCUUAAAUGAAAAUAACCUGAGGAAAGAUGAGAUUGCUAAAGCUUUAGCAAUGCUACCACAGUGAGUUAUUGUUGAGUCAAG